AUGCACAAAUUUGAAGAGGAGGUUUCCGAUUUAACCAAAUUACUAGAAAUCAAGUCAAAUGAUGCAGAUUUAUUAAAGAGACGGGGAGAAAUUUACCACAAAAUAGGAAGGUAUGAAGAAUCAAUUGGCGAUUUGAGUAAAUCCCUAAAUGUUCAACCAUAUGACCCAUCUGCAUUGAAAAAUCGUGGCGCGUCCUACUGUAUGCUAAAAAAAUAUGAUAGAGCACUGGAGGACUUGAAUUUGUCAUUGGAAAUUGCACCAGAUGAUGCAUUCGCGUUGAUUAAUCGUGGGAUGACUUAUUAUAAGAUGGGAAGACACGAUGAGGCGCUUGUGGACCUCAAAAGGUCAUUUCAAACUGAACCAGACAAUGCGAUUUCAUUAGGAUAUCUCGGAUCGACAUAUCGCAUCAUGGACAGAGAUGAAGAAUCACUUGAAAAUCUGAGCAACUCAUUAAAACUCGAUCGAGAUAAUGUGUUUGCUUUAAAAAAUCGAGCAGAGGUCUAUUACAAGAUGAAUAGAUACGAAGAAGCGCUCAAUGAUAUUAAUAAAUUGCUAGAAAUCAGACCAUACGAUACCGAAACAUUGGACACACGUGAAACAGACCUUCAUUUAAUAUCAUCGGUAGAGGAAGCAGAAACGCCUAAGAAUAGUAAUAAUGUAAAUCUCGAGUAUUCAGGAGCAGGUGGACGCGAUGGAAAAGAUGGAGACAUUGGUUGCGAUGCAAGUUUUCCUGAGCGAGGAGAAGAUGGAAAAAAUAAGGAGAUUAAAUUAUCCUCCAAAGAGAACGGACAUGUGUAUAUUGAUGAGAAAAGAUAUCAGCUACGUGAAAUUGGAAUGAUAAAUAUCAAUGCAAGAGGAGGAAAUGGUGGAAAUGGAGAGGGCGAGGACGCGACGGUAGAAACGGAAGAGAUGGACGUAACGCAGGAAAACAUUUCCCUGGAGGGGACGUCAAACUUGACAACUGAAUACAAAAUAAAUCUUAAAGGUGAAAAUGGCGAAGAUGGAGAGGAUGGUGGCAGAGGCACCAGUGGAGCUGAUGGUGGAAGGGGAGGUCACAUUAUAAUUAGUGCACACGAAGAAGAUGUACAUUUAUUUUUGUUGAUUGGCAAAUACGAUGUCGGCGGUGGGGCCGGAGGAAGUCCCGGGGAGAAUGGUGAGGGCGGUAAGGGUGGUUUGGGAGGUAAGGGUGGGAAAAAAUAUACAGGAUGGAAAGUGGAAACAAGCGACGGGUACACUAGCGCCAUGCCGAUGAGCAUGAAAGGAGGAUCUGACGGUCGCCCUGGUAGGAACGGUCUACCUGGUAAUGCGGAAUUAACCUGGGGGAAACCUGGUUCUAAAGGUUCACUUACAUAUCGAGUCUUAGGUGAUGGCCCCCAAAUUUCAUACGAUGGAGUGUUCUCUUUGGAGAUCACAGAAUUUGAAUUAAAGGUUCAAGAUCCUAGCGGAAUUCUUGAACCUGGAGGAACAAUUAAUGUUCACAAUAUAAAAUUUCGUAACAAUGGAAAAAUGCCCACUCCCAAACACCAUGACAUUGUAAUUCUACUUGAACAAUCUCAAAUGUUUGCCAACAAACCUCAGCAUAACGCGCCAAGAUCAAUUCAACCAAAUCAUUCAAAUGUCUCGGACGGUACAUUGUGUGUACGUCUCAAAGAUAUGAAAGAAGUGAGUGAUGGAGAACCGUUCAAGAGAUUAUGUAAGACUGAAUUUCGAGCAAAAAUGACUGGGAUCGAAAGAUUUAUUUCACUUGCAAGCAAAGAGCUACAUUUUGAUAUUCAAUAUCCCGUCAAUAUUGGUAAAGUGAUCGCAUUACGCAAACCGAGUGAUAAUAAUGUAUAUGAGUUAUUUUGGUUUAUCAGAAACAUUGGUAAUUCGGGUCUAGGUUAUGAAUCAGAUUGUCAUAGGAGAAUCAGAACAAUACUAUGUGAAGACGAAGUACCACUGGCAUAUUUUGAUAUUCCCUUGCUUCGCGCGAAUGAGACGAAGCAAUUUAACUAUCAGAUCUGUCUUGGAAAAGAUGAAGCGAGUAAUUAUUCGGUGAUAUUGCAGAUCAAUGUGAUAAAUAAACCAGAUUUUCUCAAAUCAAUUCAACGUCGACGUUUUGCGAUCGUCCCCGAGACAGAACACAAGGACGAUUUAAUCCUUGAUAAAAAUCAUGCAAUCACAAACGAUGAAUCCAAGAAUAUUCUUGAACGGAUAGACGUCAAACUGUUAAAUCGAAUCGACUCGACUGAUCCCCGAGAGGUAUUUAUAAAAGGUGUCGUGAAAAUUGAUAAAACUGAAAUCUCGAUGAACCACAAUUUUCGCUUUCAACCCAAUGGCUAUAUUCGUACAUUGGCCAAGCGUGGAGAUGUCACCGUUGAAGUCGAUGAGCACGAGAAACAUCUCCUACUGCUAUUGAAAGGAACCGAAAAUAAGAAUAUUAAUUGGAAAUAUAAAAUUUAUAAUGGAAAAAGUAGUAAGAUAGAAGAGUUUGAUCGUCCUUACCAGUUAAAAAUUGUUGAUUUUAAUUUACACAAGAGUGAACCCAAAGAUUCGAGUGGAAUCUGCGAACCAGGUUCAAGCAUCGUCAUCGAUCAAAUUAAAGUAAGGAAUACAGGCGAAAUGUCGACUCCAAUUAAUUGCCAUGUUAAAAUUUCUAUUAUGAAGACGGACGAUUUAAUUCCCGUUCCAGAUCAGUGCAUACUUUUGCACAGAGCCAUUAAGCCUCGGGAAGAAAUAUUGCUAAACGAUUCCUUGGGUUUUAGAGUCAAACCGCAAGAUCAACCCGCACUUGGAAAUUCGUUUAAGGAAUUAUACGAUAUUAAUUUGAAAGUAAACGUGUGUGAAAUUGAACGUCAAAUUCCUUCAUUCAAGAUACCUAAAACGCUCGAUGUUUGUUAUCCAAUCCGAAUGUGCUCCAAUGUUGGCGUGAGAUAUAUACCAGGAAAUGACUUGACAACGAUCGGUUGGGGAUUGGAUAAUAUCAGUGAUAUUGAUUUUGGCUCAGAAUCGGAUUCAGAAAGAGUGGUGGCAGUCAAAAUUACUCUCGACGACGUUAAUAGUUUGGCUUUUAAGACAAAGGGAGGUUCGGAGAAUGCUUCGAUAAUAAUAGAUGUUCCGGAAUUGAAGAGUAGAAAUCAGAUUUUCAUGUCUUGCAACAUUUUUAGGAAAGAUAAUGCACCAACAUCUAUUAGGGCAAGCCUUUCGGUCUCCCUUCAACUUGGAACCAUCGAAAAUCCCGAAAAGGCACAGGAUAUUGAAAUUCGGAAACUCCUGGUUAGGAUAUCACCAAGAUUCGAUAAAACUAAAGACUUUGAUUUUAUUCUUGUGACAAACCGGUAUACAAACGAUGAAGAAUAUUUUGCGUGGAGUAGAAUAUGCAAAGAUUUUGGAUUAAAAAUGGCAGUAUGGGAUAUCUCGAGGGAAGGUCAUUUUGAAUUGGAAAAUUUGAAGAACGAUUUCCGCGGCAAAACUAUCGUCAUUCUCAACAAUGAUUUUGAAGACAUCGAAAGCAUCUCAAAUGUCAAAAAUGAAAAGGUUAAAGCUUGUGCGUUGGAUUUUAUUAAACCAAAUCAAUUCCAUGAGGCCGCCUGUAACUACGAUAUUAAAUUCUAUAUAAUCGGUCCUGAUCUCGGUGAAUACGGAUUUGAAAAGCUUUUCGUUCCACUAAUUGAGACAAGGUAUUGUGUCAGCUCAAACAUCCGAAAAAUCGAAAAGUACGUCGAUUAUAAAAGAAAGCAAGCUGACGCAGUUUAUAAUUCGAGCGAAGAAAGGCAUAGGCAAGUAGAAAGCUUCAAGUGUCAUUUGCGUAGAAGUUUUAGAUCAGACGGUGAUUAUUUGAAAUCUAAAAAGGACAAAUUGAGUAUAUCUUUACGCGCACUCUUUCCAAAUCAACGUUAUAUAAUCUUCCCAAUGGUUGGCAACUCGCGGGACGACGAUCAAAUUAUGAUAUGUAGAACCUUGGAUAGGACUCGAUAUCACCUGGUAUAUUUGAGCGUGGAAGAUAGUGACAUUCACCGUCAGAUGCAUAUAAUGAAAAGAUCAAAUAAAAUUGGUUUCUUGGCAUGCAUCUCGUUUACCAAACGACUCGAAAUAUUAAGAUCUUUGACAGUUGAAUCAUUUAGAAAGGAAGAACUUAAUGAAGAACUAUUAAAUAUAUUGCAGGAUCUGGUGGAAGUUGAUCUGGCAAUCGAACUUGUCAGUCUGUGCGAUGCACGCAUAUCAAAAGACAUAAAUGUGGAUAAGUUUUCUAAUAAUAUGGUAUUUUUCAAGGAAUUCUGUAAAUUUGUUGGAGACGUCAUGGCAAAUUCUGGAUCGGUGAACGAUGCAUGCUACGACUGGGAAUAUCAGGUCAUGGCAAAGUUAGAAGUUCUACUCAAGUAUGGACCGUCCUCUAUGCUCGGAAGCAAUGGUAGGCAGGUUUCUAUGUUACAAGAAAUUAUUAAGACCACAUACAACGAGAUUUUUAGUCUAGUUUCAAAACGUGAGCCGACAAUUAACUUAAUGUGUCAACAAGAAAGGCUAAGAGAAAAAUGCAAAUUGGUGGAGCAAACAUGGAAUCAAGAGUGGAGAGGUGGUUCAUGGAGAGAUUUAUUGAGACCUUCAAUUGAAAAAUUAAAAUUUACUGGUAAUAAAAUGAUGGCAUCCCUUCAUGAUAUUCCAGGAUUGCGGAAUGACUGGAAUUAUUUGGUUAAUGAAAUGAAUAUCUAUCUAACUGAGGAAAAAUAUCAGGAAAUUGAAGUCUAUCACCAAAAUGUCAAUGGAAUCGUUAAUCGGAAAACAAAGGCCUUUCAGGACUUUAUGGAGAAUAGUUGCGAGAUUAAACGGAUGGGCUUUUGA